GACACGGUGCCGGUGGCUUCUCCUGGCAACGCUUUGGGCAAUGCCACCCUGCCCCGGCGGGUAGUGGGGUGCUGGGGUGGGAUGCUGGGGGGCGACCGUGGCACCCACCGGCCUCGCCAGCUCUGGGGGCACAGGGUGGCAUGUACUGGCGUCUCACCACCUCGCUGCUUGGUCGGGGGGUCCCUCGCCCACGGAUUGUCCCCGCCAGCUUCCGUGCAGGCUCGGGGGCCCGCAGCAGGUGGGAAGAGGAGAAGACAGCCGACGGGGUGAAGUGGACACAGCUGGAGCACCGAGGACCCUACUUCGCCCCCCUCUACGAGCCGCUGCCCGACGAUGUGCAGUUUUACUACAACGGCAAACCCCUGAAGCUGAGCCUGGCCACGGAGGAGAUUGCUACCUUCUAUGCCAAAAUGCUUGAUCACGAGUACACCACCAAGGAGAUCUUCCAGAACAACUUUUUUAACGACUGGAGGAAGGAGAUGACCCCUGAGGAGCAGAAGAUAAUCAAGCACCUGGACAAGUGUGACUUCAGAGAGAUCCACAAGUACUUUGUAGACAAAAACGAGGCACGGAAAGCACUCCCCAAAGAGGAGAAGCAGAAACUGAAGGAGGCAGCAGACAAGAUCCAGGAAGAGUACGGGUACUGCAUCCUCGAUGGGCACCGGGAGAAGAUAGGCAACUUUAAAACUGAGCCUCCGGGGCUCUUCCGUGGCCGUGGUGACCACCCCAAAAUGGGCAUGCUCAAGAAGAGGAUCAUGCCAGAGGAUGUGGUCAUCAACUGCAGCAAGGACUCCAAGAUCCCCGAACCGCCUGCGGGCCACAAGUGGAAGGAGGUGCGCUUUGACAACACGGUCACCUGGCUGGCCUCGUGGACCGAAAACAUCCAGAACUCCCUGAAGUACAUCAUGCUGAACCCCAGCUCCAAGCUGAAGGGGGAAAAAGACUGGCAGAAGUACGAGGUAGCCCGGAAGUUAAAGGAUGUUGUCCACAAAAUCCGGGCUGACUACCAGGCCGACUGGAAGUCCAAGGAGAUGAAGAAGCGGCAAAGAGCAGUGGCCCUCUACUUCAUUGAUAAGCUGGCCCUGCGAGCAGGCAAUGAGAAAGAGGAAGGGGAGACUGCGGACACAGUUGGCUGCUGCUCCCUGCGCGUGGAGCACAUCAAGCUGCACCCCGAGCUGGACGGGCAGGAGCACGUGGUGGAGUUCGACUUCCUUGGGAAAGACUCCAUCCGCUACUACAACAAAGUGUCGGUGGAGAAGCCGGUGUUCAAAAACCUGCAGCUGUUCAUGAAGAACAAGGACCCAGGAGAUGACCUCUUUGAUAGGCUCACUACGGUCAUCUUGAACAAACACCUCCAGAAUCUGAUGAAUGGUUUGACGGCCAAAGUCUUCAGGACCUACAAUGCCUCCAUCACACUGCAGGAGCAGCUCAAGGCUCUCACUAACCCUGAAGACAGCGUUGCAGGAAAGCUGCUCUCCUACAACCGAGCUAACCGAGCUGUGGCCAUCCUGUGCAACCAUCAGAGGUCCACGCCAAAAACCUUUGAGAAGUCAAUGCAAAACCUGCAGAGUAAGAUUGAUGCCAAGAAGCAACAGCUGGAGGAAGCCGAAAAAGAGCUGAAAAAAGCUGAAGAUGAGUUUGAAGAGACAAAAGAUGCCAAAGCAGAGGCCAAUAUACGGAAGAAAAAGAAGCUGCUGGAGCGUCUAAAAGAGCAGCUGGCCAAGCUGAAUGUCCAGGCCACAGACAAGGAGGAGAACAAGCAAAUAGCUCUGGGCACGUCCAAGCUGAAUUACCUGGACCCCAGGAUUAGCAUCGCUUGGUGUAAGAAGUUUGGUGUGCCCAUUGAGAAGAUCUACAACAAGACGCAAAGGGAGAAGUUUGCCUGGGCGAUCGACAUGGCCGAUGAGGACUUUGAAUUCUGAGAAAGCGCCUUUCUCCAUUACCUCACGCUCAUUUGGUGCUGUUUGAUAACUUUUUUUUACAUGCUGCAGCAGUUGUUGAAGAUACGGGGUGCUUGCCCAAAGGAAGUUUGAUCUAUGCAUUUCAUACUGUUUUUUUGGUAUAAAAACUAGAAACCAGAUGUUUAAAACAACUGACUUGUGACACUCGUUCUGAGUGCAGUUACUUUGCUGUGAACUUUUAAUUCCUCUCCAGAGCUGCCAAGUGCUCUGGAUCUCUUCUUUCCUCCUCCUUAAGAGUCUGGGAAGAAGAUUGAGAGCCUUAACAGUGCCAAUAAAUGAGAUUAGAGAGUCUAA